CGAAAAUCGGAAACUUGUAGAGUUCCACCAACUUUCCACUAACACCUUUUUAGUUGCGAUUCACCGGCCUCAAUGCGCGAAACUAAUCUAUUUUUAUAAUUUUCUUCGAACACAUCAGUAGCAAAAGAUUUUGCCGAUAGCCAUCUAACAUGGGAGAAACUACGGACCAUACCCUUUGGGUGAACCUCAGUUCCCUCGGUGAUGGCAACGUCUUCGCGGUAUUGCCUCGACUCAUGGAGCAAAUGUUCUCGGAUAACCUUAUUGAUGACAUCGAGGAUUUUACGGAUGUUAUUCUGCCGAGUGAUGCUACGUGGCAGGCAAAAAUAUACUAUCAGUUGGUUGAAAAGCAGCGACAGAAUGAUGAGUUUGAAGUUGAAUAUGAUGAGGAAAAUGAGGUUACGAUGUACGAUCCGGUCUUUGUGGAAGAGAAGCCAAAGCUACAUGAAUGGAACAUACUUCCUCCAAGAGUUAAAACCGUUGAAUGUGACUUAAAGGUAGAUAAAUACAUCCGAAAACAUCAAACAAAGAAAGGACCCUCAGCAAUAACAUGGACUGUUAGUGAUAUAGCUAAAGCUGGUUGCUUACUAAGCCAACCUCCGCUCCAAACAGAUUUUGAAGACGAGCAGGAAAUGAGAAGAGUAUACACUUUAAUAUAUGAUGUAUUUAGAUAUAAAAAUGUCUUAACUCAAGCUCUAAAUGAUGUCCGUUUCUUCGAAACAUUUCCAAAGUUAUCCGAAAAUAUACCGAUAGUUUGGCUUCUUAUGUACGACUUGUACCACAGAUCAUUCAAUAAACGGGAAACAACGAUAGCUGCUUUAGCUCGGGAAUUGUUUGAUGCAUAUGGUUUAACUUUUACUGAAAAUGCACUUUGGACUCAGAAAAUUAAAUUGGCAGCAGCGGUGGCACGGUUGCGAAUCAAGAAUAACGCAUUAUCUCUCAGUGAGUUAUUGCCGCUACAUCUGAGAGAUGAAAAAGUGACAGAGCAAGCCCAACAUAAUCCUGUAACCUGUUGGAUAAAUAUCUGCAAAAUAAAAGACAACCAAUCGUUAUGCGAUGAUAUCGAAAAAACAUUUUCUUUGAAAAUGGUUUCGGACGUCACAAGAUUAGAUAAACAUACUUUCAAAUGGGAUAGGCACUGCCCACAAAUUAUAGUAUUUCAUGCUUCCAUGAGAACUCAAUUAGCUAAAAGUCACUUUGUCAAGAACCACAUCUUUGUUGUUCAGGAUAAAUCAUUUUGUCUGGGUCCAGCCACAUUUAAGAAAUUAGUAACUGAUCUAGAACUUACAGGAAGUGUGAUACAAACGCAUAUAAAUUCACCUCGGACGACAGCGUACCUGGCCACUUUAUUAGCUCAAAAUGAAAAGAUAAAAAAACUUAUAGCAUUUAGUGCAGGAAAAAGGAAAGAUGAGUAUGAAUCUUAUUUUAACGAAUUAGGAAUGUCAAAUAUUAGGUUAUUUUCCGAUAGACUGAUUGAUACCCCCGCUGAUGCCAAUUAUAUGGAAGAAGUAGUUGCUGUUUUUGCCACACCGCCAAACAGUUACUCUGCCGUUUUAGAUCCGAUCGAUUUGGUGUGUAGCCGAGGUGGAGACCUAUCCAUGCUAGAAAUAUUAACUGAAACAGGAGAUAGCAAGGAAGCUAAAGAGAGAGUGUCAGGUAUUCUCGAAGAGCAACAAAAAACGUUACGAUUUGCCAUGUCAAGACCGCAAAUACAAUUUGUCCUCUAUGAAACUCAUUCGGAAUUGGAAGCAGAAAAUACGCAAAUGGUUGACAAAACUUUGACAGAAAUUAAUAAGAUAGCAAAAAUGCAGCAUGCUAUGCUACAAGGACAACAAACCAAGAAUAUUUUGCCUCCUUCAGAUGACAAAGAGAUGAAAGAAAUUAAUAACAAUGAGAAUCUGCAGAAACCACCGGAGGAGCAGGGUGAUCUUAGUAGCAAAACCCCGACAGAUAUUGUUUUACCAGAGGGUACAACACCUGAAUCAGCUGAAAGUUUUUUGGAAAAAGUAACAGUACCUGAUACGGAUAUAUUUAAUAAUUGCAAUUUACCAAUGCUGUGUCCAAGCGAAAGUUGUAAAGGUUUUCAAAAAGAAGUCUGCGGAUGUUAUUUGGCGCUCCUUCAAAGAAAGGAAAUAAUUCGCCUAGAUGAUAAAUAUAUGAUUCAAAUGGCCGAAAACAGAGGACUCUUUGGUAAUAGUAAUACUCGCGCAGUUAAAACAAAAUCUGUAAGAACUAUCAGACGAAAAGCUGAGAAACCUGAGAAAACAGAAGUUGCCAAGAAAAAACUCAAGGACUCAGAGGGAGAAGAUUUAAUGACUAAAUACUGUUUGUAUAAAAGUAAGUUACAUGCGUUUGAUAUGAGAUGCAAAGAUACAAAUUUUGUGAAUAUGGAUAAAGGUGAAUGUAUUAUAUUAACCUUCGAAAAGGCACUUAGUGAAGAUGAAUGUAUAAUCAAAAAAUCUGAAUUGGUAGGAAAGUUACUGAAAAAAAUGAAUAGUGCCCAAAUUCGGCAAUUGGUUUGUCCAUUUAAUAAACAAUUUGACAUGUUUUCCAAAAUACCUUCAUUAUUACCUAAUAGUAGGCCCAGCAGUAGGUCCAGCAGCAGGCCCAGCAGCAGGCCCAGCAGCAGGCUCAGCAGCAGACCCAGUAGCAGAAAAGACUCUUCUAGAACACAAAAUGCAAAUAUAAACUCGUUAAAAAACAAAAGCAGAUGCAGACGUCCAGCAUCUCAAAUGGAAAAUCUACGAAAUGAUUUGUGUAAAAAUGAAAAUGGUCUCCCUUGUCAUUUGGAACUCAGAUGUAAACGUCCAGUAACUCAAUUGGAAAACCGACGAAAUAAUUUAUUUAAAAAUGAAAACGUUCCUAAUACCUGUCGCUUAAAGCUCAAAUGCAGACGACCAGUAUCUCAAAUGGAACACGGAAGAAAUAAUUUAUUUGAAAAUGAAAAUGAAGAAGAGUAUAAAAAUAAAAUAUCCACUUCAAAAAGUACGGGUGAGUUAAGAAGAAAAUAAUGAUAAUUACUUUUGAUGUCCAAAAUACCAUCGAUUAAUCCAAAGAAACAGAAGAAAGUAUUUAUAGAAGAUAUAUGAUAUAUGUAUGGUGUUUGGUAUUUGUCAAAUAUAAUUUAAAUAAUUUUUAA